AUGACGCGAGAAUUUUCUUUCCCCGGAGUGGCAGUCAUCACGGGCGCCGGCGGUACAGGUAUCGGUGCUGCUACGGCCAAAGCGUUCGCCGUCGCAGGGUGCCAAAGCAUUGCCAUCACGGAUCUCAACCAUGCCUCGCUGGAACAGACCCGACAGUCCAUUCUUGCUGCCUCCCCCCAGGUCCAGAUCCUCAUGACAGCCGGCGAUAUUGCCGAUGAAUCAUUUGUGGAGUCGUUCAUGUCCGAGGUGGUCAGGAAGUUUGGGCGGCUGGACUAUGGCGUGAACUGUGCUGGGAUCCUCGGGGAGGGACGACGCUCCACCGAAACCACCACGGAUACAUUUGAUCACAUCAACGGGGUCAAUUAUCGGGGCUGUUGGAUGUCCUCGCGAGCGCAGAUCAAACAGAUGCUCGGGCAGGAUCCUUUACCCAGUCAUGACCCGGGCCGAUCGCCUCAACGGGGGGCGGUGGUGAACAUUGCCAGUCAGUUGGGAAUUGUGGGACGCCCCAGCGCGCCGGCAUACUGCAGCUCCAAGGCCGCCAUCAUCGCCAUGACUCGUUCCGAUGCGAUCGAUUACUCCCGGGACGGGAUCCGCGUGAAUUGUGUCUGUCCCGGUGUCAUCGAGACCCCCAUGACUACAUGUACAGAAGAGGUCCGCGAACGACUACAGCCCGCGGUGGAGAUCGCGCCGAUGAGGAGAAUGGGGAAGCCGGAAGAGGUGGCUGACACCGUACUGUUCCUUUGCUCCACCUUUGCCUCUUUUGUUCAAGGGCACGCUCUCGUUGUGGAUGGGGGAUAUAUUAUCAAUUGA